AUACGGGUUAUUUCACUAGAUAUAAAACCAAAGGAAAAGGAAAACGAGUUGGACUUGGACACACUGCGCAAAUCUCCGGUAAACCCUAGUCCCGCCGCCGCCCGCCACAACCUCUGCCCAGACUCGCCGCUAGUAGUUUCCGGCCACCACACUACAAGCUCACUCCUCCGCGGUUUUCGUUUCAACGGACAUGGAUGCAGCUAAUGAUACAGUUAUGCCAGAGAGGAAUGUGGAUGAAGAUAAUCGUGUAAGAAGAAGCAGGAAAAAAACCAUGACUGGGAAUGAAGCUAAAGAACAUAAGGAUCAACUAGAGAAACUUCAGCAGAAGGACCCAGAAUUUUAUGAGUUCUUGAAAGAGCAUGACCAGGAGUUGCUUCAGUUCAGUGAUGAUGAUGUUGAUGAAGAUGUGGAUACUGACAUGGAAGAUGAAGAUCUACAGGUAGAUGAGGAUGCUCCUAAGCACGAGGUUCAAGAAAAGGAACAUAAAUCUUCUAAAAAAGUUAUAACUACUUCUAUGGUUGAUUUGUGGUGCAAAUCAAUUAAAGAAAACGGAAGCUUAAACGCAGUUCGCUCCCUGAUGAGGGCUUUUAGGAUGGCAUGCCACUAUGGUGAUGAUGAGGAGAAUGAGUCUAUGGCAAAGCUUAGUGUAAUGUCUAGCACCGUGUUCAACAAAAUAAUGUUGACUGUACUUAAUGAAAUGGAUGGAAUACUAAGAAAUUUGUUGAAGCUUCCUGCUUCUGGUGGAAGGAAAGAGAUCAUAACAGGUUUGAUGACCACAAAGCAUUGGAGAAGUCAUGGGCAUAUUGUGAAGUCCUAUCUUGGAAAUGCUCUCCACAUUUUGAACCAAAUGACUGAUACACAAAUGAUAUCAUUUACUUUACAUCGACUUAAAUAUUCUUCGUUGUUUUUGGCUGCUUUUCCUUCGCUUCUAAGGAAAUACAUUAAGGUGGCUCUUCAUUUCUGGGGUACUGGUGGAGGUGCCCUUCCGGUUGUUUCAUGUCUAUUUAUGAGAGAGUUAUGCAUCUGUAUUGGAUCUGGCUGUUUAGAUGAAUGCUUCAAAGGGAUAUAUAAAGCCUAUGUUUUGAAUUGCCAUUUUGUAAAUGCAGUGAAACUUAAACAUAUUCGUUUCCUUGGCAACUGCAUCAUUGAACUUCUUGGUGUGGAUCUUCCGACUGCAUAUCAACAUGCCUUCAUUUUUAUCCGACAGUUGGCUAUGAUCUUAAGAGACGCACUUAAUACAAAAACUAAGGAAGCUUUUCGCAAGGUUUAUGAAUGGAAGUUCAUGUGCUGUCUUGAACUUUGGACUGAUGCUAUUCGGGCUUACAGUUCACAAUCUGACUUUAAGCAACUUGCAUAUCCUCUGACCCAAAUAAUUUCUGGGGUAGCCCGUCUAGUUCCCACAGCAAGGUAUUUUCCCCUUAGGUUGAGAUGUACACGAAUGCUAAACCAGAUUGCUGCUUCUACCCAAUCUUUUGUACCAGUAUCUAUGCUCCUUUUGGAUAUGCUGGAGAUGAAAGAGUUGAAUAGUUCCCCUACAGGAGGUGUUGGCAAAGCUGUUGACUUACGCAGUGUAUUGAAGGUUAGCAAGCCGACUCUAAAGACACGGGCUUUUCAAGAGGCUUGUGUUUUUUCCGUGGUUGAAGAGCUUGCGGAACACCUAGCACUGUGGAGUUACUCUGUUGCGUUCAUGGAGUUGUCCUUUAUUCCGAUUGUGAGGCUGCGUAGCUUUUGCAAAUUGACCAAAGUUGAGAGGUUUCGAAGAGAAAUGAGGCAGCUUAUACGCCAGAUUGAGGCUAACGUCAAUUUUGUGAAUGAAAAGCGCACGUCGGUGUCCUUUUUACCUAAUGAUCCUGCGGCAUCAUCUUUUCUUGAGGAUGACAAGAAGUCCGCCUCUAGUGCACUAUCAAAGUAUGUUAUAACACUCCGCCAGAGAGCAGAGCAAAAAGAUAACUCAUUAACGGAAUCCAGUGUUCUUGUUGGAGAAGAAUCCUCUGCUUUUAGUGAUGAAGCAUCAGCAAGUGAUGAAGAGGAUGCUAGAAAGAACGAGGAUGGAACUGCUGCCUUUAGCUCAUCCUGGUUGCCCGGAAAUGACAAGAUAAAACAACCCACCGAAACAAAAGGAAAGAGGAAAAAGCAGCAGAAAGAGAGAACAGCUGUUGAUGAUGAUGUUGUGGAGGACUUGGUACUUAGUUCUGAUGAAGACGAGCCUUCAAGCAGUGGCCCUAGUGCUGGUAAAAAUGACAAUGUAGAUCGUCAUUUACCUUCAAAACAAAACCGCAAGCCGAAGCAUAAAACAAAAAGGUUGAAAAGGAAUAAAUCUCACUCAGAAGGGAAAAAGUUACAUGUCUAGUUAGCGAUCUCUUUCUCUAUCUCUACUCAUACUUUUAUUGGGUCAAUGAGAAAGAAAAGUUUUGUAGUUUUAUUAUAUCUAAUUGUUUUCUACUUUACCUUGGAAGUAAAGACAUAUCUGAAUGUUAUGGCAGUGGCUGCAAUUAUAUUUUUAUAUACCCUUCAAUAUGCCAAAAGCCAUUCAAUAUCUUUUUAGAGUGUAAUAAUCUGAUAGAAAGAUUGACAAUUAUUAUAAGGAUUAUUGUUGGUCCGAAAUUUAAUUUUGUUGUCGUA